AUAGCAUUUGGAAGCAGUAAUUGUUCUAGCCUUUUGAGGAGUUCAUCACUUAACAAUGGCCAACGAAGACGUUUCGCACGACCUUUCCGCGCUUCUUUCGUCGGAAGAGAGGGACUUUCUCAUCCGUAACAAUGGUGACCAGGUUAAGGUCAGCAAUUUGGUUGGGAAGAUCGUCGGAUUCUAUUUCUCUGGUUCGUGGUGCGGGCCGUGCCGUAAUUUCACUCCGUUGUUGGUAGAAGUCUAUGAACAGCUAUCAUCCAAAGGGGACUUUGAGGUGGUCUUCAUUUCUUCUGACAGAGACGAUGAAUCCUUCAACACAUACUUCUCCGAAAUGCCAUGGCUUGCUAUUCCCUUCUCCGAUACGGAGACCCGCAAACGUCUUAAGGAAGUGUUCAAAGUAAGAGGGAUCCCUAAUCUUGUCAUUUUUGAUACGAAUGGCAAGGUUUCCUGCGAUAGUGGAGUCAGCACGGUCAAGGAACAUGGCGUGGAUGGGUAUCCGUUCAACCUUGAUAGACUGAAUUUCCUUAAAGAGCAAGAAGAGAACGCUAAGAAGAAUCAAACCAUAAGCUCUAUAUUGGUUUCCAGCUCACGUGAUUAUGUGAUUUCAAAUGAUGGAAAAACGAUCCCCGUGUUGGACCUUGAAGGAAAAUUGGUUGGCUUGUAUUUUUCAGCCCAUGCUCGUAGGAUGUGCCGUGAGUUCACUCCUAAACUAGUGGAAUUGUAUAAGACGCUCACGGAAAAAAGAGAGAACUUUGAAGUAGUCCUAAUAUCUCUAGACGACGAAGAAGAAAACUUCAAAGAGAGUUUUGAGACAAUGCCUUGGUUGGCUUUGCCUUUUAAGGACAAGAGCUGCGAGAAGCUAGUGCGGUAUUUUGAACUUAGAACCAUUCCUAAUCUUGUCAUAAUUGGCCAAGAUGGGAAGACUUUGAACCCAAAUGUAGCUGAACUCAUCGAAGACCAUGGAAUUGAAGCCUACCCAUUUACACCGGAAAAGCUUGAAGAGCUAGCUGCAAUUGAAAAGGCAAAACUGGAAUCGCAGACGCUUGAGUCAGUUUUGGUUAACGGGGAAAAUGAUUUUGUGAUUGACAAAAGUGGCUCCAAGGUCCCAGUGUCUGAACUAGUUGGAAAGAACAUUCUUCUUUACUUCUCAGCUCAAUGGUGCCCUCCUUGUCGUGCCUUUUUACCCAAGCUAAUUGAAGCAUACCACACAAUUAAAGCAAAAGACAAUGCAUUUGAGGUGAUCUUCAUCUCAAGUGACAGCGAUCAAUCCACCUUUGACGAGUUCUAUUCAGAAAUGCCUUGGUUAGCCCUUCCAUUUGGUGAUGAAAGGAAACAAAUCCUGGGUCGGAAAUUCAAAAUUGAAGGCAUUCCUGCAGCUGUAGCGAUUGGCCCAAGUGGCCGGACCAUUACCAAGGAAGCUCGGAUGCACUUGACAGCUUACGGGGCAGAUGCUUUUCCAUUUACCGAGGAACAUCUAAAGCAAUUGGAGGAGCUUGAGGAAAAGGCAAAGGGGUGGCCAGAGAAAGUGAAACACGAACUUCAUUGGAGAACCACAAAACCUUAUCAACUGUUGCAGUCUGAGAAGGCAUAUUCUGAAAUCACUUACUAUCUCUGGCCAUCUCGUGCAUGGACCCCUCUACUACGGAGGAAGGACACUGCUGGGCUCUUACCUUAA